AUGCCUGAAACAUGUAUGUCUAGUGUUCAAAAAAUUGGCAAGUUGAAUCCAGGAUUUCGAGGAUCUCACAUGGAUUGGGUUGAUAAUGAUGGGUUGCUUCUGAUAUCCAAUAACUCAAAUUUUGGAUUCGGCUUUUCUACCACCCAAGAUGCCACUUUAGUUCUGCUUGUAAUUGUUCACAUUAGCAGUUCAACAAUACUUUGGUCUGCAAAUCGAGCCUCCCCAGUUCAAAAUUCCGAUGACUUUGUGUUUGAUGAUAGCGGAAAUGCUUACUUAGAGAGUGGUGGAAAUGUAAUUUGGUCUACUGAUACUGCCAAGAAAGGAGUUUCUGCAGUUGAAUUGCAGGACUCAGGAAAUCUGGUAUUGAUUGGGAAUGAUAGUAGUGUAUUUUGGCAGAGUUUUAGCCAUCCCACAGAUACCCUUUUGUCAAACCAACAAUUCAUUGAAGGAAUGAAACUUGUAAGCAAUCCAAACCCCAAUAAUUUGAGCUAUGCACUGGAAAUCAAGUCUGGAGAUGUGUUUCUCUCUGCCAGAUUCCGAACUCCACAGCCUUAUUGGUCUAUGGGAAAGGAUAACAGAAGAACUAUCAACCAAGAUGGUGGGGCUGUCACUGUGGCAACUCUUGAUGCUAAUUCAUGGAGGUUUUAUGAUCAAAACAGAUUGUUUCUCUGGCAGUUUAUUUUCUCAGAUAGUACUGAUGCAAAUGCCACUUGGAUCGCGGUAUUAGGGGCUGAUGGCUUUCUCUCCUUCAUCAAUCUUCAAACCGGAGGCCAGACCAAUACUUCUCCAACAAAAAUACCAAAUGAUUCGUGUAGUAGACCUGAAGCCUGUGAUCCAUUUUAUGUCUGUUACAGUGGCAACAGGUGCCAGUGCCUUUCUGGCCUCAACUCAUCAUGCAAAACGGGGAUUGUCUCUCCCUGCAAUCAAUCAAAAGGUUCUAUGGAGCUUGUGAAUGCUGGUGAUAGGCUUGGCUAUUUUGCGCUCGAGUUUGUUUCACCAUCUUCCAAAACAGAUUUGAAUGGUUGCAAAGCCUCUUGCCUUGGUAAUUGCUCGUGCCUCGCCUUGUUCUUUGACAGAAGUUCAGGCCAUUGCUUUCUUUUUGAUGAGUUAGGAAGCUUGCAAGGAUCCAGCAAUGGUACUGGUUUUGCUUCAUAUAUCAAGGUUUCAACUACUUUGGCCAAUGGGGAAAACCCUGAAGGGAGUGGAAGCAAACGCCUUCUUGUUGUCAUAAUCAUAGUUGUUUCAACGGUACUUGUUAUUUUCGGUCUACUUGUAGCAGGAGUUUAUUACUAUAGGCAGAAGAAUGGGAAAUUGCCAGACUCUCCUGAAGAAGCAUCUGAAGAUGAAAAUUUCUUGGAGGGUAUAUCCGGGAUGCCAAUCCGUUUCAGCUACAAAGAUCUUCAAACUGCUACAAAUAACUUCACUGUUAAACUUGGACAAGGAGGGUUUGGCUCAGUUUAUCAAGGGGUUCUUCCCGAUGGAUCUCGAUUGGCUGUGAAGAAAUUGGAAGGAGUUGGCCAGGGAAAGAAAGAAUUCCGAGCUGAAGUUAGUAUCAUUGGCAGCAUCCAUCAUUACCACUUGGUGAGGCUCAAAGGCUUUUGUGCUGAAGGAACCCACAGGCUCCUUGUUUAUGAGUAUAUGGCAAAUGGUUCUUUAGAGAAAUGGCUCUUCAAACAAAAAGAAGAUAUGAUGUUAGAUUGGGACACGAGAUACAAUAUUGCAUUGGGGACAGCCAAAGGACUGGCUUAUCUCCAUGAGGAUUGUGAUGUGAAGGUUGUUCAUUGUGACGUAAAACCUGAAAAUGUGUUGCUUGAUGAUAACUACCUUGCCAAAGUCUCCGAUUUUGGCCUUGCCAAGCUAAUGACCAAAGAGCAAAGCAAUGUUUUCACCACACUCAGGGGCACCAGGGGUUACCUUGCCCCGGAAUGGAUCAUGAACUAUGCCAUAUCAGAGAAGAGCGAUGUGUACAGUUUUGGAAUGGUGUUGCUUGAGAUCAUUGGCGGAAGAAAAAACUAUGACCCCUCGGAAACGUCAGACAAAUCCCAUUUUCCAUCCUAUGCUUUUAAGAUGAUGGAAGAAGGAAAAUUGAGGGAAAUUUUUGAUUCGAAGAUGAAGAUAGAUGAAGAGGAUGAAAGGGUAGACAUAGCAAUGAAAGUUGCCUUGUGGUGUAUACAGGAUGAUAUGUGCCUAAGACCACCAAUGAUAAAAGUGGUGCAAAUGCUUGAAGGCCUCUGUCCUGUCCCUCCACCACCACUUUCUUCCCCAAUGGGUUCUCGCCUCUACUCAAAUUUGUGCAAGACGAUGAGCGGGGAGGGCACGUUGUCGCAGCCAUCAGACUGCAACACGGAUGCUUAUCUCUCUGCUGCAAGACUCUCAGGGCCAAGAUAG